CUGAAGAAGCUUUAAAUAAAAAAAAUUUCAGUAUGGGAUAAUGUUUGUUUCUAAAAUUAUUAGAAUGUUUUGGGAAGGUUUGUUGUGUAUUGUUGUGAUUCUAGCUUGUGUUUCUGAAGUGACUUUGAAGUCAGAUACCAAAAAUGAUAAAUCUCAUGAAAACUUGAAGAUCGAAGAUGGCAUUAUAAAAGGAACAAUACAGAAGCUCCAGCACUCCAACGUAACCGUUUAUGCUUUUAGAGGAAUUCCUUAUGCAAAGCCACCUGUAAAUGACCUAAGAUUCGAGCCACCAGUUAGAAAUGACAAAUGGAGUGGUGUUUUAGAUGCUACCAAAGACAAAUCUCAAUGCGUGCAAGGAAUAAAAACUGUUGUAGGAUCCGAGGAUUGUCUUUACAUUAACGUUUAUACGCCAAAUCUCAAAGGAAAUUUGCCAGUAAUGGUAUGGAUUUAUGGAGGGGGAUUUAUCCAAGGAAACUCUUCAUACGACACCUACAGACCAGACCCGCUACUUCAAGGAGGCGAUAUAAUUUUCGUCUCUUUCAACUAUCGUGUAGGAAUCUUAGGUUUUCUUAGUACUGGGGACAUGGUGGUUCCGGGUAACACAGGAUUGAAGGAUCAAUGUUUCGCCCUGAAAUGGGUGAAACGGAACAUUAAAUAUUUCGGUGGAGAUCCUGCCAAAGUUACGAUUUUCGGUGAAAGUGCCGGGGCUGCUUCAGUUUCGUACCAACUUCAGUCAAAAUGUUCUAAAGGUUUGUAUCGAGCAGCAAUUCUUCAAAGUGGAAAUUCUCUGUGUUUAUGGGCACUGACUAGGAAUGCCAGUUAUAUAGCAUACCAAACAGGAUUGGGACUAAAAGUGAACACUAAUAAUACAGAGACAAUUAUAAGAGAACUUAAAAAAGUGCCGUAUAAGCAAUUGCAGAAAGUUGGAUUGGUAACGGGAGUAGGAGUUAUCCUAAAAAAGCCGCUUGCUGGUCUGAUGUUCAGCCCUGUUAUCGAACCGCCACACAAAGAUGCUUUCUUUGAGUCCUACAGCGAUCAAAUAUUAUCAGAAGGUCGAUUUAAUCAAGUGCCAAUUAUAAUCGGAACGAAUUCAAAUGAGGCUGCCGUUGUAAAUGAUCUGCCACUUAUUUUUAAUCUUUACAUGACUUUAUACGACAUGGAUUAUACGUUGUUAGCUCCAGCAGAUCUUACUAAUAAUACACUACAAUAUAAUUCUGCUGGCUUUGCAAUAAGAUUACAUUAUUUUGGCUUGUUGCCUGCUUCGAUUCAGAAUGCGAACGUCUUGAAAUUCGUCAGUGACGACCAAUUUAAUAGACCAACGCGACGAACAGUCAUACAAAUGUCAAAAUAUGUACCUGUUUACUACUAUCAAAUGACGUAUAAAGGUCAAUUAGGAAACGGUGCUGAUGAACGUGAAGGUGUUGGACAUGGAGAGGACCUUGGUUACAUCUUCAGCAGUCCAAAUGAACCAGGUUCGCCUGAGGAUCAAUUGACAAGAAGACGCUUCGUCAAAUUAUGGACUAACUUUGCUAAGUUCGGUAAUCCCACCCCAAAUAGUGAUCCACUAUUACAGAACAAAAUAUGGAAAGAAGCUGGAAAAAAUCCUAAAAACUUAACGUUUUUAAAGAUCGGCAACGAUUUAGAACUUUCAACAAAUCCAUUUGAGGCGAACAUGAAAUUUUAUGACUUGGUGUAUAAAAACCACGGCUCUCCCCCUUAUGAUACGUAUUAAUGUUCAUAAAAUAAAGUCAUGUUAAAG